GCCACGAUCCAGCCAGGCCGGAAGCCCGAGUCCCACUGCUUCCAUAGACUGAACCAGCAGGCUACUGCACAGCCUCAGAUGGAGGAGAUAUUGUAGGGUUUCACUGUAGCCACAUGCUUCAUUUCAGAUUUUGAUUUUAAAUGGGCGUCGCACUUGCCCUUGCUCCUUGCCACCUUGUGUUUUGUGAUCAUAUAAUUUAUUGUUAUGCAAGGAUUUAACAUACCAAAAAGAUGAUCGGGGGCUACGUUUUUGGCUGGGGACGCCUGCGAUCGACUGAAUGCAACACAUAGAUCUGAAGGAAAGGAUUAUUAUAUGGGUUGCAUUUGAUUUCCCUGACCUGCCCUAUCCGGAUUUCGGAUUACUUAACAUUCUUCGGAAUGGAAGGACGGGAUUUCGCUGCUCCGGCGCACCUCCUCUCAGAGCGGGGCACCCUGGUGCACCGAGCCGCCUCUCGGAUCGCUCCCUCGGGCCACGGCUCUGUACAGCACGGCGGUCACUUCACGCCGGGGAAAUACUACCCCUCGCACAUACCGAUGGCUCCCCACUCAGGCAGUGGAUUGAUGGGCAACUCCUCCGCCUCCUUCAUGGGGACCUUUCUGGCAAGUAGUCUGGGCUCCCCCGCCUCGCAUCCGUCUCACCCUUCCCGGCCGCCCUCCUCGCCCUCAUCGCCCUCCUUCCGGAGCGGACCUCACUCCAGCGCCUCGCAAAUCUGGUUUCCCCAUUCACACGAAGCAGCUCCAGGCUAUCCUCGAUUCUCAGGGAGUCUGGCCCACACUUUCCUUCCCAUGAGCCACUUGGAUCACCACGCCAACAGUGGAGUUCUCUACGGGCAGCACCGUUUCUAUGACACGCAAAAAGAGAACUUCUAUCUUCGAGGUCUCCCGUCCCAGCCACCUCUCCUCUCAGCCAAUCACAGUCUGCCACCAAUGUCGAGGGCAGGUGCAGGACACUCUCAGGGGUCCUGCAGCAGAGACAGAGAUCCAGGGAUAGGCACUGCUCUACAUAAGGGCCUAAAAGAGGGAUCUGUGGAGAGAGGAGUGGUACCUGUAAAGGACAAGGAGAGGUCCAGCAGCAAACAAGAGGCAAAGGAGAGACAGCAGCAGCAGCAACAACAACAACAACAGCAGCAGCAGCAGCAGCAACAGCAACAGCUCCACAACCACCAGCCACCCCAGCCCACACACCACCACCAUGCCCACUCCCAUCAGCAGCACCCACACUAUCCACAGCACCCACUACCCCUUGAGGAGGUCAACAGUCGGGCCCUGGAGAGGCACAAGGCCUCCCUCUCCAUGGAGUACAGCAAGGAACACCCUCAGAGUAUGGGCAAGCCCCUCAGUGCCUGCUUGCACAAUGGCAAGAUGCAAAACGGAGAUGCAGGAACUGGAGCAGGGGCUAAGAACUCCAUGCCCAGCUGUGGGGGGGAGGGCACAGCCCUUGGGGUCAUGGUGGGUGGAGGGAGCAGCCAGGGUAAACAUAUGGGGUCCAGCGUUAGUAGUCGCUGCACCAAAGAGGGGAUAAGUGGGGAGAUGAGGAUCAGUGAACAACCUUCGGAUUGUCUGGAAAGGGGUCAGGCACCACUCCACCACUCGCUGUCCUACUCUGUACCGCCACCCUUACACAUGGGUUCUGCUGCUGGAGGGGCACACCCCCAUCCACAUCCGCACACUCACCCCCAUACACAUCCUCACCCAGGGGGUUUCCACUGCCUUCAGCUCCACCCCAGCCACCCGCACCAUCCACAUCAUUCCCACCACCCACACCACCAUCCAGACUUCUUCUGCCCGCCCCCUCCCGCUCCUUUAGUCAACCCUGCCUCGCAUGAGAGGGGGCCGGCCAAUGUGGGGCGAGAACCUAAAAUCACCGGGCCUACAUUUGUGCCAUCUGUGGCCGGCCUGGGGGACAAAUCUAGUGGUCCAUUCCAGCUUGGUAACCCAGAAUGCCAUGGUGUGGGCGGUGGAGUGGGAGGCGGCAAUAACAAGGAUAAGGUAAUAGAAAAGAAUGGAGGCUCUGGGCACCAUAGUAAUUGGCAAAGAAAACAACAGCAACAACAACAACAACAACAGCAGCAACAACAGCAGCAGCAGCAGCAGCAGCCAUGCAGAAAGACAGACAAGGCUCCAGAUUGGAUGCAGUCCCACCACCAACACCUUCAGCCCUCACAGCUUCCUCCACCUCCCCAACUACAACAGCCUCCACAUCCCCAACAGCAGCACCAGGUUGUACGAUCACGCAGCGUUGAGUGUAUCAACAGCGGUGUGGACAUGGAUGUGUUUAGACCCUCGAUGCCCCAGGGGCCAAAGGCUGGACACUCUGUCAACACAUCUCCAUACAGAGACUGUUCCCAUCCAGGACCCCAGCCUAACUCCUCCCCCCUUAGCAGUAAAAGCAUGGUUCAACAUAGUGGGACUGGAGUAGCCCAUGGCCCUGGUCCUGCUGUUAGCUGCUCCUUGCAGAGAGAUGGACAAAAGGUCGCCAGGAUACGCCACCAGCAACAUGGCCGGCCGGGACCGGACGCUCCGUCUCCUGCUGAGUUGAACCAAGUCUCGAGUCAGGAGCUAAAAAGAAAAAUGGAGAUGUCCCCUUAUGUUUACGGCAACAUCAGUGGGCAGCAGCAGCAGCAGCAGACUCCGGUGCCACCGUGGGCCAUGAGGCCUCCCCACCACAUGCCACAAACCGAGGAGGAGCAAAGGAAGUCUUACAUGGAGUUAGGAAGUACUGGUGCACAACAAUCUCAGCAGCAACAGCAGCAGUCGGGAAUGAGCCUGCAGGCUCCCCAGCCUCCCUCGGCAUCUCCCCUCAGUCAGCAACAGCUGCAGCCACAGCAGCAACCAGAGCCCCAGGGCCCAACUCAGGGGGAGAGCAGUGCCAUGAAAAGCUUACUAAAAUACAGCAACCAGCAACAGCCACUGCUCCUCUCCCAGAAGAGUCCCUUUGGAGGGCUGGGAACGCUCAAAUCAGGUCCUGCUGGGGGGAGCUGUGCCCUGCAGGGCAACAAACAGACUCUACCUUCCAGAAAGGGCCCAGCCAAUGACAACGAGCGCCCGGAUUACAGUGGGCGGGCCCGGGAUAUGGGGGAUGCAGGGCAUGGGGAAAGUGAGGUGCGGCAGCCACCAGUGGGAAUCGCAGUGGCUGUGGCCAGACAAAGGGAGCCACCUUGUCGCUCGGCGGACAGUCAUCCAAACAGCCGCCAAGGCAGGGUGCAUCCCUCAGUGAAAGGACCGCCCCGCUCCAUGUACCCUUCAGACCCGAAUGCCGAAGAGGAGAGAAAGAGGAUGAGUGGGGAACAGAUAGGUCUGACUUGCUUGGACAGAGAGAGAGAUGCGUACAUCAGGGAUAAUAAGGAAAGGGUGGAGUUUGCAAGAAUCCACCCCUCCAACAGCUGUCACGGAGACCUGACCUCUCAUCUCAUGGUCCCAGGCGGGACUCCCCUCCAGUCUGGCCAAUUAGGAGAUCCUGCUGCGCAUUCGGCUCACCAUCAUUGGAUGCCAAGAACUGGAAGCCCAUCCCUCUGGAUGACAGGACACUCUUACGGUAUAGGUCAUACAGCCCUGCAUCAGAAUCUGCCGCCAGGUUUCUCGACAGCUAUGCCAGGCCCUCUGCAGCCAGUCCUGCCUCUGCCCCAGGACCCCUCUGCCCAGCUGGUGGUCUUGCCCACUGAGCCUCCCACCCAUCCUGCGACCCAUCACCUGGAUGUGAUGGAGCAGCCAGGGCUGUGGCCCCCUGUGUAUGGUGCCCGGGGCCCACCCUCCCACAUGCAGCAUCCUGCUGUGUACUCCCGAUCCCAGUUUCUACGGCAACAGGAGCUGUACGCUCUCCAGCAGCACCAGCAGCUCCAGCAUCAGCACCAGAGCCACCAGUCGCAGCAACCACAGUCUCAAACUCAGCAGCAGCAGCAUCAGCAGCACAGAGCUGUGCAUGGCAUGGACAUGCAGCAUCAUGCCACUCACCUUUCACAGAUGCAGAAGAGGCCGGAUGGGCCGGAUGAGCCGUCUGUUGAACUCGAGGAACUCAUUUCGGAACCGAGAACAUCCAAACCUGCCAAGGCCUACUCCUACAGCGCAUCUCAGAGGAACACCUCUCCGCCCGGGGCCUGCGCCGCCCACCUGUCCCCUUGUUGCCAGUCCCCGUCUCUGCGACCGCAUCCCAAGAGCACUCCUUCGACACCCUGCUCUGCUCCCAGCCCUGCGGCAGCAGCCCCUCACUCGCCUGCCAUCAGCCCCGCUCCAUCCCAGAUGCUCAAGGGAGCCGAGACCCAGGACAAGCGAGGAGAGGGACAGCCUCCCCAGGAUUACCCUCAGUCUCUGGAGCCUGACUUGCCUCCUGGAUAUACCUACACUGCUAUUCCCACGGGCUACAGGAGCGGGCCCUCCCCCCAGGAUGUUCAACUGGCUGAGCCAGCUGACCUGGAAGCAGUCCAAGUGGAGCCUGCUGAGCAAGCUCCUCAGGCUCUCUCCAGUCUGGGGGAGGAGCUAGACUGCCAAGCGGUGGUCAGGCCCCUCCCAGAGCCACUCCCAUCAGAGGAACUAGAGAAAGAAGAGGAGAAAAGAGUGGUGGAGAGAGUUCUGGAACAGAGGGAGGAAGUGGAGGUAGCAGCGAUGACAGCCGCCAACUAUGUGCCUGGAGAGAGGGAGGCGGAGGAGCAGGGGCCCGCUGAGGAAGAGGUGAUGGUGUGCCCCCCUGCUAAGAGCCCGGUGUGCGAGGCUGCUUCCUGUCCGGUCCCCCUUUCAACAGAGGAGCUCGAAAGGCCAGAAGCUGUCAUCACCUUGGAGGAGGAAGCGGAUGAUGAGGCGGCGGAGAGCCAGUUGGAGCGCGCUCAAAAGGUCAACAUGCCUGCAGAGCAGGAGUCAGAGCUGCCCGCCAUCAUUGAGCUUGACCCUCCUUCCCCUGAAGCUCCUGAGCCUCGUCCCUCGUCCCUCGAGGAAGCAAAGGACGGCGAGCAGCAGCACAAGAGUGCGAUGAACCCCGACGACGCCUCAGUGGAUUGUGUGCGUCUCUCCCCCGCCUCGACGUCUGCCCCGAGCUCAAACCAGGCAACUGUUGCCGUGCCCCACAAGCCUCUGGUGCCCUGCUACUGGAGCCUGGAGCUGCUGAUUGCCGCUGCCUUCUGCACAGACGUACCUCCAUUCCCCUUAUUCCCUCAUGGCACCCCAUCAGUCGCCUCAUCGCAGCCCAACCCCUACCAGGGGAUGGAGCUCCUGAGCGAGCUGGCAGAUCUGGAGCUGCAACAGCAAAAGCACACCUGUGGGAACAGUCAGGUCACAGAAGAGGAGUUGCUGAUGUUUGACCUCCAUAGCCUUGCGACCCUGGCCACAGCCCGUGCUCUGGAGCAGGACUCCCAGGAAUACAGCCGUCCGGGUUCAGGGCAACACUUCCCGGCCCGCAGGAUGCUCAAUUUACGUAGGAAAUGCAGUUGGACACCUCGCAAUGAACCAGUGUGCCCGGCCAAAGGUAGCAUGGAGACGAUGGACGGUCCCGAGCUUGCGAUGCGUGUGAAGUUGGCUGAGCUGCAGCGCCGCUACAAAGAGAAGCAAAAGGAGCUGGCCAAACUUCAGAGGAAGCACGAUCAUCAGAAGGAGGAAACACCUCGCAGCCCGGCUCGGCGAGGACCGGGGCGGCCGAGGAAGCGGAAACCCACCCUCACCACAGGUCCAGUGUCCUCAUCUGAGGGCCAAAGAAAAGUCAAGUCGAUGGGGGCGGGGCUUGCGCUGUCGCCUGAGGACCUAGGAGGGGGCGGUGACAGCCAGAGAAGGAAGAAGAGGCUGUCCAGUCGAGGCUUUGAGCGGCUCAGCAGCACACAGCAGAUAAAAGCACAGGGCUGCAGAAAAAGCAGCCUGCACAGCAUGCUCAGCUCCAAGCUGGCCGAUGACGUGACUCAGCUCAAACAGAAAGCCCAGUGUAAAAAGAUUCUCUCGGGGACGGGCUCCAGAGACAAGGAGGUUUCGCCCUGUAACUCCAACCCCAAGCAUGGACACAGAAACCAGUGCAGCGGCAAAGCCGAGUCCAGGCGAGAGUCUGGGGGACAGAGUGACACAGUUUGUAUUGGCCUGACAUCUGAUACCAGUGUUGGCACUGCAGCCAGCGUGGACAGUAGCCCCCAAGGCAGCUGGACUGGACUUGUGCACCAUGGCCGUCAAAAGGGAUCCUCCGCCCUGACACAGGGCUCGUCCCGUCUGAGCCAGCCCAGAGCGAGAGAUCACCGCCAGAGACGUGACGCGACGGAGGAGGACGAGAGCUCCCCUGUGGAGAGUGGCUCCUCUGAUCAAGAAGAGGAAGAAGAAGAAGGCAGUUAUGAUACUGAUGAAGGUCGAGACUACCGAGCCCAGCCCCGAAGGGAAGUCACUUCCAGCUCCUCCGUGACAGGUCCGAGUCCCUCCUCUGUUGUAAAACUGGAGGCCAACCAGAAAGCCAGGAACAAAAAACAGAGACAGGAGCUUUAUGGCUCACAGAGUCUGUCUGGAGCCGAAGGGGAGGUCAAAGUAAGGAAGAAGCCCCCCUGCAGGCUGGGCCUGGCCACUGCAGUCAAAAAAAGCCGCGAAGAUCACCGGUCGGAGGGGGUCAGAAGGCCAUGUGGACCCAGGUCCAAAGAGCCUCGGUGGGGCAGUCUGGGGACCAGAGGCAACCGCUACCGGAGGAGCCUGGGACUGGCCACCUUCCCGACCACCAGUGAGAGGCUAAAAAGGGCGACCCGCAAGAGCACCAUGCUGAGAGGAGCGAUCAACAAGAGGAGAAGUGGCUGGUCAGUUGGGGGCCCAUCUUCACAGAGCGAGGAGGGCAGCAGGGGACGAAGGAACAAGGACCAGCAGCCAAAGGGACGAGCCGUCAGUCGGCUGCUGGAGAGCUUCGCGGCCGACGAGGGUUUUCAGAUGGAUGGCAGCAGCUUCUCAGAAGAAGAGGAAGACAGCAGCCGCUCGUUCAGCAACAGAGGCCCCGAAGUUCCGAAGUGCGUCGUGACCAAAGAGCUCUUAACCGAUGGACUGAAGGUGCUGAUCUCCAAGGACGACGAGCUUCUCUACGCAGCCAGAGUCCACACACUGGAACUACCCGACAUCUUUAGCAUUGUUAUCUACGGUGAAAGAGGAAACCGCCCAAGAAUCUAUUCAUUGGAGCAGCUGCUGCAGGAAGCUGUCCUGGAUGUACGGCCAGAGGCAGAGGCUGUGCUGAGUGAAGGAACCAGGGUGUGCGCUUACUGGAGCGAGCGCUCGCGCUGCUUGUACCCUGGCUACGUUCGCAGAGGUGGUUCAUCGGAUGAAGGGAAGCAAGCAGGAGUGAUGAUAGAGUUUGAUGAUGGAGACAGGGGGAAGAUUUCUCUCCCGAACAUCCGCCUCCUGCCUCCUGGAUACCAGAUUCACUGUGGAGAGUCAUCCCCGGCCCUGCUGAUACCCAGCGAGGUUAAGAGAGGUUCUGGUCUGGAGCAGGCCCCUCUGAGUGACCGGCCUUCUGACAGUUACAACCUCAUCAAUACUUUAACCAACAGCCAACCUCCCCUUCUUCACAAAAGAAGACCAGGGAGACCAAAAGGGUCUGGGAAAAAACAAAAGCAGCAGCAACAGCAGGCUGAGAAUGCCAAUAAAAAUCCUUCACCUUUCCUGGGUUGGCCUUCGUUGGGCAACACCAGGAAGAGGUCUUCCGACAACCUGUUCGAGCUCAAUGGGGCACCCAGGAAAGCCUUAAGAGGGCCGGAAGAUGACCUGUUCCCCUUGGCUAGGAGCCAGCCGUUGGCCUCCACCCCGGCCAAAGGCCUUUUCAGCAGCAGCUCCUUUGAGGUGGACUCCUUCAGCAGCAUUGCAAAUGGCUACUCUUCCUUCUGUACUCAGUCUACAGGACCAAAUCAAGGUUUAUCUCUGGUGCCAAGGAGUGGGACACAUGGCCAGAGGCGCAGGCAAGAUGAGCUUACUGUGCCAAGAAGCAGGAAGUCUGGACAAGAGUUCUUAGUCAAGUUGGAUCAUGAAGGAGUCACCUCCCCCAAGACAAAGAACAGCAAGGCUCUGAUGUUGCGAGGUGGCUCUUCCAGUGUGGGUGGCAUGCCCCGGACAGACGCCUACUGUCACCCAGUCCUGCUGGUUCAGGACAACAAAAAGGGCGGCGCCUCCAAAGUAGAACUUCUCCGGAAAGGAACCACACCCCAAAGAAAGCCCUCCUAUUCUCUGCGUCUGGAUGAAUAUGGCGACUUGGGCUUCAGAGACUGUGACAGCUCUAACUCUGAUCUGGAAGAGGAAGAGAGGAAGAGGACUGCACCAGCUGCCUCAGGAGGAAUAAGGACGGCUGCACUGGCUGCAGCCUCAAGUGGACUAAGGACAACUGCACCGGCUGCAGCCUCAAGUGGACUAAGGACAACUGCACCGGCUGCAGCCUCAAGUGGACUAAGGACAACUGCACUGGCUGCAGCCUCAAGUGGACUAAGGACGGCUGCACCGGCUGCAGCCUCAAGUGGAGUAAGGACAACUGCACCGGCUGCAGCCCCAAGUGGACUAAGGACAACUGCACUGGCUGCAGCCUCAAGUGGACUAAGGACAACUGCACUGGCUGCAGCCUCAAGUGGACUAAGGACAACUGCACCGGCUGCAGCCUCAAGUGGACUAAGGACAACUGCACUGGCUGCAGCCUCAAGUGGACUAAGGACAACUGCACUGGCUGCAGCCUCAAGUGGACUAAGGACAACUGCACUGGCUGCAGCCUCAAGUGGACUAAGGACAACUGCACUGGCUGCAGCCUCAAGUGGACUAAGGACAACUGCACUGGCUGCAGCCUCAAGUGGACUAAGGACAACUGCACUGGCUGCAGCCUCAAGUGGACUAAGGACGGCUGCACUGGCUGCAGCCUCAGGAGGAUUAAGGACGGCUGGCCGCUUCCUGUCUCGUCUCUCGGUCUCCUCAUCGUCUUCUGGUUCUUCAAGCUCCUCCUCUUCAGGGUCUAUCUCCAGUUCCAGCUUGUGCUCCUCGGAUAAUGAUUCCUCUUACAGCUCAGAGGAUGAGGACAGUUCUGCAUUGAUGCUUCAGAGUUGUAUGUCUUCCCACCGAGGCCUCCUGCAACCUUCUGAACCGUCCACGUCGUCACGGCCACACCAGCACUCUUUUGUGGCCAAAGCUGUUGCUGGUGCCAACGCCAAAGGAAACCCCUCGGACCAGAUCUCCAACAAGUCCCUGAAGAGGAAAGAAUGCACCAGCUCCACCUCUAAAACAUCGAAGGAUUUUGUGAAGAAACCUAGGAUGCUUCCAGAUGACGCGUCAUUUAUUCCAAGGCCUAAGAUGUCAGCAUUUAUAGCAGGGCGACAAAUGUGGAGGUGGUCAGGAAACCCCACACAGCGGCGAGGUCUGAAGGGCAAGGCCAGGAAGCUGUUUUAUAAGGCCAUCGUGCGAGGCAGAGACACAGUGAAAGUGGGAGACUGUGCCGUGUUCCUCUCAGCUGGACGUCCUAACCUCCCAUACGUUGGUCGUAUUGAGAACUUCUGGGAAUCCUGGACCUCCAGCAUGGUGGUCAAAGUCAAGUGGUUCUACCACCCUGAAGAGACCAAGCUGGGCAAGCGGCAUCGAGAUGGAAAGCAUGCCCUUUACCAGUCGUGUCACGAGGAUGAGAAUGACGUCCAGACAAUCUCUCAUAAGUGCCAGGUGGUGAGCAGGGAGGAGUACGAGUGUCUGACUCGCAAUCAGAAGCCGAACAGUACCUCCCCGGACCUCUACUACCUGGCUGGGACGUAUGACCCCACUGCUGGUCAAUUGGUCACUACUGAAGGGCUUUCCAUCUUGUGCUGAACCUCCACGAGGACACUACUGAAGGACUCCUUAGGAGGAAGGAUAAAAGUCCAUGACUUUACCUACAAGACCCUCCAGCCUGGGAAGAUACAAAGUGCACCUUGGGUAUCCCUCGAGGACACAUGGACUAAAUGUCAGCACCAAAGCAGGGCUGUCUGAGGUCACACACUGGAGUCUAUUGGCAUCUAACCUUUGUGGAAGUAAAGGGGAUGUCCAUAACUGGUUGAUCUUUUCAAGAGGAAUAGAAGAAAGUCUAGGUCUUCACAAAGUUCAAUAGUCCAACUAAUCUCUUUUUAAUGGAUCCAAGUGAUAAACAGCUUCAUAAAUGGUUUUAGGACUCUCCCGUCAUAUAUGUCACCAAAGGAGAGCUGAGAGUGCAUUUGACUGCAAAGUAUUAUGGGGCUGAAUAGGUUCUGCGGACCAAUUCUUCAAAUGGAAACGAAGGUGAGGCAUGGGGCUCUCCAUAGACCUCUUCAUUCCAGGGAAGUUGAAAACAUGUAAAGGAUGUAAAGUUGAUGUCUGUAAAUAUUUAAAAAAUGUCCCAAUCAAGCCAUACACUUCAGUACCUCUCGCCUGUCUUAACUGUUCAGGUGUACAUUGUACAGGUCAAUUAUUGUAUUGUUGUCCGUUGUCUAUAUGUACAUAAAAGCUAUUUUAUAUAGGAGUUUAUUGUAUAUAUGAGAUGUAUCUUUCCAUGUUUGCGAUUGAUUUAUUUUUAUAUGGGUGUAGAAUACAUGACGUCGUUUUGUUCCUUUGCUUUGGGAAGUCAAGAUUGGAGAUGUUCGUGUUGCACUGCAUAUGCCCUGCUGAGACAGAUGGAGAGACAGAGCACAAACAAAGACAGAAGGAUUUAGUCUAAACGUCUAUGACAGGAGACUCACUUUCUGAGAGAGAGAGGAGUCAUCCUGUUGUCUAAAAAAUACGUCAAGUGGCUUUUUGUAAAAGUGUUCUGUUACUUUGCUUUGUUUAUAUCCUAUUUUAAAAACACCUUUUUAUUUAUGUACCUCUCAGUUGGUCAUCAUCACAAGGCAGAUCCCACUGGACUGCCAUCACGGGUCAAAAAUGAUUUAAGAUCGAUGAUAUGAGCAUAACCACAAUAUUUGUGUGUGAUGAGUGUCCUGGCAUCACUAUAAUCAUGUCCAAAAUCUAUUUAGAACAAGACUGGAUCUGAAAAUGUGUUUAAUGGAUGCAUAGUUCAACCCCCUGAUCCACAAAAUACCAAAGUGUCUUUUAUUCUCUGUAUUUCCUUCAUUUAAAUUGAACACAUGCCAAGCACCUGUACUGAAGUCAACUCAGACAUCACUGGUAACUUAUUGAAUCCUCCACUAUGUGCAUACAUAUUGGAUUAGCAUUGUGGCAAUGGUUUUCUUGCACAUGUACCUGCAGUUGUGUUUAGUGCAAACAUGGGAGUAUGACUAUGAAGGUCAAGGUACUGACAACGUAAGAUAUUGAGUUCUGGCAAUUUGUUGGAAUUAGUCUAUUUUAGUUUCAUCAGCCAUCUGUGUCUUUUGUGUACAGUACACGCACAUACUCGAUGCUAACUGUGGAUGACAAUCAGAUUCACACAGCAAUGGACAGAGUAGCUUCACUCAAUCUGAAAAUGACUUAAAUUUAUUUAAUUUGUGCCAAGUACAUUUUGUCUUGUUUUGAUAUGCAAUCCUGAGUAUUUUUUGUUCACAAAGUUUUAUUUUGUUCGCCAACAUUUUAUUUAUUGUCGAUGUUGCUGUUUGUUCAUGCCAAGAGCGCUUUAUGAGAAUGUGACAUUGUUUUUUUUCUUGGUGUGAUGUCGCAUUUGCAUUUCUUUAAAAAAAAAAAAGGUCUUCUAGAGGCCAUCUCGUGAAAAGAAAUAAAGCAACACUGGAUUCUUCUCAUCCGCAAA